UUGUGGGGCAAGUUGUUGUUGUGGGUCGGAUCUAUGAAAAUGUUUUAUCAUAGUUCUGUGGGUAAAGGGGUAAAGGUGAAAACACACAGAGUCUGCCGAACUCCUGGAUUAUUUAUGCAAACUGUUCACCGUGUUAAGGCAUGGCCGAUAGGACAAACUCGUCUAAGUCUAUUCCUGAGCGGACUUUUCAGUACCAGGACCAGCUUCCUCCUUUGCCUGUACCCUGCUUACACCAGAGCCUUCAGAAGUACCUGGAUGCAGUAAAACCGUUUGCGACUGAAGAGGAGUUUGAAGCCACAGUUGACACAGUGCACAGGUUUGAAGAAGGCAUCGGCAAAGAGCUGCAUCUUAAAUUACAACAGAGAGCCAACCAGAAGAGAAACUGGUUGGAGGAGUGGUGGUUGGAUGCAGCUUACCUGGAGGUGCGCGUUCCCUCUCAGCUCUAUGUGAACUUUGGAGGUCCUGCGCCCUACCUGGAACACUGCUGGCCCCCCGCAGAGGGGGUCGAGCUGCACCGAGCCAGCAUCAGCACCUGGCAUUCUCUAAUUUACUGGGACAUGAUACGAAAUGAGAGACUUCCUCCUCAGAAAGCUGGAAAAACACCACUGGACAUGGACCAGUUCAGAAUGCUGUUUAACACCUGUAAAGUGCCUGGGAUCACAAAGGACAGCAUACAAAACUAUUUCAAAACAGAGUCUGAAGGGGCGUGUCCCUCACAUCUAGUCGUGUUGUGUCGUGGGAGGAUUUUUAUGUUCGAUGGAUUGUAUGAUGGGGAAAUCCUAACUCCACCUGAAUUAUUGAGGCAGCUGAGCUACGUGAAACAGUGUUGUGAGAACAGAGCAGAGGGCGAUGGAGUGGCAGCUCUCACUUCAGAGGAGAGGACUCGGUGGGCAAAGGCCCGGGAGCAUCUUAUAAAUAUUGACCCGCACAAUAAGGACAUCCUGGAGUUGAUUCAGAGCAGUUUGUUUGAUUCUUUGGAUGAAACAAAACCGUACUCCACACCUCAAAACUACACAAAUAUGACUUUGGAGGCCAUGGUCGGUAACCCCACCAUUCGCUGGGGAGACAAAUCCUACAACUCCAUAGUGUAUUCAGACGGCACUUUUGGAUGCCACUGUGAUCACGCUCCUUAUGACGGUAUGGUCCAUGUGUCUUUCUGCUGGUAUUUGGAUCAGCAGCUCAGAGCCACAGGUGGUGAGUGGAAGGGUCUGGACUCUGUGAGACCUCUGCCCCUUCCCAAAGAGCUGGUGUUUACUGUGGACAGUGAAGUUCUGAGCGACAUCAGCCAUGCCAAACAACAAUAUCUGGAGACAACGAGGGAUCUACAGCUCAUCUGUUACGCUUUUACUGCUUUUGGAAAAACAGCCAUCAAACAGAGGAAGCUGCAUCCAGACACUUUUGUCCAGUUGGCGAUGCAGUUGGCCUAUUACCGACUUUAUAAUGAACCUGGCAGCUGUUAUGAAACGGCCAUGACACGUAAAUUCUUCCACGGACGCACAGAGACGAUGAGACCCUGCACCUCUGAGGCUGUGGAGUGGUGCAAGGCCAUGGCCAACCCCAAAUUUGAUAUGAAUACCAGGAGGAAAGCGAUGCUAUCAGCUUUUAAUAAACACAACAAACUAAUGGCAGAAGCUCAAGAUGGAAAAGGGUUUGACAGACUCCUCUUCGGCCUUUACCUCAUCGCUAAAGAGGAGGGACUUCCCAUUCCAGAGCUGUACAAAGACCCCCUUUAUUCCAAAAGUGGGGGAGGAGGUAACUUUGUGCUGUCCUCGAGCCUGGCGGGCUACACUGCAGUACUGGGAGCAGUGGCUCCGAUGGUGCAUCAAGGCUAUGGAGUCUUCUAUUGCAUUCAAGACGACAGGCUUGUGUUUGCUGUGUCUGCGUGGAAAUCCUGCCAUCGGACAGAUGCUGCUACGUAUUUUAACAACCUCUCGAGCUCUCUGCAUGAAAUACUUCAUUUGGCUACAACAGCUCAGCUUUAAGCUCCACCAAAGACAAGCUUUCACACUCUUCACCUGUACAAACGCUGGUCUAUAUUGUUCUGUUUAUAUGACAGGUUUUCGCGUUUUUCUAAUUAUUACUUGGUUUGGUGGGACAGUAUAUGUGGUAAAUAUUUGUCAUAAUUUUACACCAACUAUGUAGCAGUUUGUGGAACAUACAGAAGAAAAGAAAUAGUGAUGAGUCCAAAAAGCAGGAUACAGGAUGUUAUUCAACACUGAAAAUUCCUAACUUUAGAGACAGUUUACGCACAAGGAACAUGUUUUUUGCCUGUUUAAACAUUUAUUAGUUUUAGGGAAAUGAAUAGUCUAACCUGUGAAAAUGCACUUGAAGAUUGCACACAAUAGGUUAUGUUAGAAUUUCAGAUGGAGGACUAUAUAACUCUAUGGAAGAUAUGCCCAUAAACCUUAUAAUUAUUGGUUUUUGGUUAUUGGUUUGUAUAACUUCACCAUGUGCAAAUUCCUAUUCAUGCUCCUUCUUGGAUAACUACUUAUUCCAAUUCUAAUCCAUUCCAUUAUCCCAUUUUAAAACCAGCUGCCUUCUUUAGUUCAUGCUGAAACUCGAUGUAUAAGAAAAGACAAUAAGCUGUUAUAUAGCUAAUUUAUUAUAAGAAUUUGAGAAUUUUAUUUUGCAUCUUUAUUUUGGUAUCUUUUCUGGUUACAUUUUCACUAUCUUAUAUGAAAUAAAAAUAAAAUUCAGUGUCAACUA